AUGAAGAUCGGGCUUACUGUCAAGAAUAAACUCGGCUUCAUCAAUGGAGAAAUCCCCCGUCCUUCUGGUGAGUUACUUAGCUCUUGGAUCAUAUGCAAUGGUGUCGUCACUGCGUGGAUUCUUAAUUCCCUUUCCAAAGAAAUCUCUGCGAGCAUCAAUUUUUCUGACUCUCCGCAAGAAAUUUGGGUUGAUCUUCAAGAACGAUACCAGCGUCAGAAUCGGCCAAGAGUUUUUCAGCUUUGCCGCGAAAUUUCCAACCUCAUGCAGAAUCAAGAUUCUGUCACCACAUACUAUGCAAAGCUAAAGACGUUGUGGAAUGAACUGAUAUCCUACCGCCCUUCCUGCUCCUGUGGAAAAUGUACUUGCGAUGGCGUCAAGAACCUACAGACAUACUUUCAGACGGAGUGUGUUGUGUCGUUUCUCAUGGGAUUAAACAACUCCUCUGCUCCAAUUAGAUCUCAGUUGUUGCUGAUGGAACCAGAACCCUCUAUCAAUCCCACAUUUUCCUUGGUAGCACAAGAAAUUGUUCAGAAAGCCUUUUCUUCAUCCCCUGGCAUUGUCAUGUCUUCAUCCAAUGCCACUGCUCUUCUUGUGAAAAAUGGUCCUUCUGCUUCCUCCUAG